ACUGAACCCCAUUCCCCUCCUAUACUCCCUUCGAUCUCAAAUCACCACUCGCGCGAUCAAGACACAACCCACAAGAACUAUGGACUACCAACCAUGGCACAACGCCGCCUUUUUUUCCGGGUUUGAAUUUGCAACCCCCCUAGACCCCAAGGGAACAGACCAAGACUCCACAAAAAGAAAACAAGACUCCAAGAAAGGCAAACAAGACCUCGAAAAAGGGAAACAGAACACCAAGCCGGAGGCAGAAAGCAGCCGGCCCCAACCCCCCAAGGGAAAACAAGCCUCGAAAGGAAAACGCAAAGCCAAACCCCCGAAACCCAACCAAGAAACCUGGGAAAUCCAAACCGUCCUCUCCAUCCGCACGCAGCCCACCCCAAUCCCAGCAACCGACCCACCAGUCUUCACCACUGUGACCUCCCUCGUCGCCCGCGUGAACCAACUCACCGGGCCCAUCCGCGGCCGCGAAGCCAUCCUAAAGCUGAGAUUGCACCCUGUGCCCCUACCCCAACCUCCUUCCACAGCUUCAGCUUCAGCGUCAGCUACCCAGAGCCAGAGCCAGAGCCAAACCCAGAGCCAGACUCAGCCCCCCAGCUCCCCGUCCCCAAUCUCAGCGCAUGAAAAAGAGAAACAAGCCCUAACCCACCUCCCCACGGCCAAAACCUACGCGCCCUACCUCAUCACCACCCACCGCAGCGCCUUCACUGCCCUCGCCGCAAACCCACGAGACACACGGUUCAGCGCAGCAGCAAUGGCGACAGCCGUAUCCGCCGAGGACAGCUUCGCGACGCUCCUCCUCCUGGCCAUGCCGGUGGGAACAGACUGCCGGAAUAUCCAGAUGUGGGGGAACGGUAACGAGCGUGCGGCGCUGCGCACGGCGUUCCGCGAGACGUACCUGGCCCUGUGUGCGGCGGGGGUGAUGCAUACGCGUCCGGGCCCGGAGCAUGUCAUUUGGGAUCGGGAGCAUCGGAAGUGUUAUAUCGUAGGCUUGGGGAAUGCGGUGCUGGGUGAGAGGGAUCGGGUUGUGCCGGUUGGGUUGUGGAAUCGGGUGUUGGGGGUUUGGGGGCUGGAGGGUGCAGAGAAGGAUCACGGGCAUCCUGGUGUUGGGGAGGAAGAAGGCGAGGCGGAUGAGGGGAAGGAAUGAAGAAUGUGAGGCUCUCCGGACGUUGCUCGUAUUGAUUGAUUUGCGUGUGCAGUAGGCAAGGCGGACGAUGCUUCUUUGGACUCAACCAUGUUGGGCUUGGUAGAAUCGAUUUCUGGUCUGGGGAUGCAUACACUAACAGGAUGGAUCUUGG